UUUCGAUAUUCUGACUGGCAGGAUAAAUUAUUGAUGUCCCUGGGCACCAUCAUGGCCAUAGCUCACGGAUCAGGUCUCCCCCUCAUGAUGAUAGUAUUUGGACAAAUGACCGACAAAUUUGUUCAUACUGCAGGAAACCUCUCCUUUCCAGAAGAGCAACAGGCGUUUCAUCUGGAAGCUAUAGAAAGUAAGCUGGCAACUCUGGGGAGUUUAUCACCCCAGCAGUCACAGAUUAACAUUGAUGGGCAGGAUAUUAGGACCUUUAAUGUAAGGUAUCUCAGGGAAAUCAUUGGAGUGGUGAGUCAGGAGCCAGUGUUAUUUUCUACCACAAUUGCUGAAAAUAUUCGUUAUGGCCGUGAAAACGUCACCAUGGAUGAGAUAGAGAAAGCUGUCAAAGAGGCCAAUGCCUAUGACUUUAUCAUGAAACUACCACAGAAGUUCGACACCCUGGUUGGAGACAGAGGGGCCCAGCUGAGUGGUGGACAGAAGCAGAGGAUCGCCAUCGCUCGGGCCCUGGUUCGCAACCCCAAGAUCCUCCUGCUGGACGAGGCCACGUCAGCCCUGGACACUGAGAGCGAAGCAGAGGUACAGGCGGCCCUGGAUAAGGCCAGAGAAGGCCGGACCACCAUUGUGAUAGCCCAUCGACUGUCCACUAUCCGAAACGCAGACGUAAUCGCCGGGUUUGAGGAUGGUGUCAUUGUGGAGCAAGGAAGCCACCGGGAGCUGAUGAAGAAGGAAGGCGUGUACUUCAGGCUUGUUAACAUGCAGACAUCAGGAAACCAGAUCCACUCAGGAGAAUUUGACCUUGAACUAAAUAAUGAAAAGGCUGUGGGGGAUAUGGCUCCAAGUGGCUGGAAAUCUCGCAUAUUUAGGAAUUCUACUCAUAAAAGCCUUAGGAAUUCACGGAAGUAUAAGAAUGGCCUUGAUGUGGAAACCAAAGAACUCAGAAGUUGUCAUGUACUCAAACUAACAGAAGGGGAGGCAGAAUAUAUACCCAGGUCCACCACACUUAGCAGCUGUGCUAAGAGAGGCCAAAGAGAUGAUUAUGAAUAUGCUAAUUUGCCUUUCAGGAAUUCUGUGCAGAAGGCACACAUCUAUGGAAUCACUUUUAGUAUUUCACAAGCAUUUAUGUAUUUUUCCUAUGCUGGUUGUUUUCGAUUUGGCGCCUAUCUCAUUGUGAAUGGACAUAUGCGCUUUAGAGAUGUUAUUCUGGUGUUCUCAGCAAUUGUGUUGGGCGCAGUGGCUCUAGGACACGCCAGCUCCUUUGCUCCAGACUAUGCUAAAGCCAAGCUGUCGGCAGCCCACUUAUUCAUGCUGCUGGAGAGACCGCCUCUGAUUGACAGCUACAGUGAAGAAGGCCUGAGGCCUGAUAAAUUUGAAGGAAACGUGACAUUUAAUGAAGUCGUGUUCAACUAUCCCACUCGGCCAGACGUCCCCGUGCUUCAGGGGCUGAGCCUCGAGGUGAAGAAGGGCCAGACGCUGGCUCUGGUGGGUAGCAGCGGCUGUGGGAAGAGCACGGUGGUCCAGCUCCUGGAGCGGUUCUAUGACCCAGUGGCUGGUACUGUGCUCCUAGAUGGUCAAGAAGCAAAGAAACUUAACAUCCAGUGGCUCAGAGCCCACCUUGGAAUUGUGUCCCAGGAGCCCGUCCUGUUUGACUGCAGCAUUGCUGAGAAUAUUGCCUACGGAGACAACAGUCGGGCUGUAUCACAGGAUGAAAUUGUGAAUGCAGCCAAAGCAGCCAACAUACAUCCCUUCAUUGAGACCUUACCCCAUAAAUAUGAAACAAGAGUGGGAGAUAAGGGAACUCAGCUCUCAGGAGGUCAAAAACAGAGGAUUGCUAUUGCUCGAGCCCUCAUCAGACAACCUCAAAUCCUAUUGUUGGAUGAAGCUACAUCAGCUCUGGAUACUGAAAGUGAAAAGAUUGUCCAAGAAGCCCUGGACAAAGCCAGAGAAGGCCGCACCUGCAUCGUGAUCGCUCACCGCCUGUCCACCAUCCAGAAUGCAGACUUAAUAGUGGUGUUUCAGAAUGGCAAGGUCAAGGAGCAUGGCACACAUCAACAGUUGCUGGCUCAGAAAGGCAUCUAUUUUUCCAUGGUCAGUGUCCAGGCUGGGACACAGAACUUAUGAACUCUUGUUAGAUCUUAAAUUCAAAUUAAAACUUUUUCUGACUUAAA